AGGCUCCGCCAGCAACGAAAACCUCCUGAACGCUUCAUGGCCACAGAACAGAGAACCAAAGUGCCAGACUCUGCCAAGCAAGACCCCACCCCUCCUCUUCCCCCCAUCAGCCCCAGUGCCGUCCCGUCUGUACCCCCAAGCAGUGGCAAUGGCAAGCGCGCCCCCUCUGGAGGUCAGCCGCAGACAGCACAGCAGCCCCAGAAUCUGCUCCAGCAGCGCUACCCGCCAAGAGAGGUGCCCCCACGCUUCCGCCAGCAGGAGCACAAGCAGCUGUUGAAGAGGGGCCAGCCUCUGCCUGCUGGGACUCUGCCUCUCACCACGACGGGACAUCCAGCCACGACUGAACCUGCAGCAGCAGUAGCCAUACACUCCUCGCGCUCCUCUUCCUCCACAUCCAGCCUGCCUACAGAACUGCCCCCACAGAGUGGCCAGGGAGCACAGUAUGAUAAUCCCCUCUGGGGACAGCUGCAAGCCAACAGGAGUGCCACAAGUACUGCAUCUUCCACCAAUCUUAGUGGCUGGGAUCAACUAAUCAUUGACCAGAAGGACACAGAGGCUUGGCCUUCUAUUACCCUCAGCCAGAGCCAGGCCCCUCCAGGAGGAUGCCCUUUGGACACUGACCCUGGUUGCCUGGCCAGCAGCAACAGCAGCAGCAACAGCAGCAGCAGUAGUAGUAGUGCUAGUAAUAGUAGUUGUAGUACAGUGAGUAUGGCCACUGGAGCCAAUAGCCAGACAGGCCACUUCCCUGCCAACCACCUUAGCAGCAAGGUCAACAGUGGGCCCAGUCCUGCCAAUCAUACUGGAACCAGCAUGCUCUCUAGUCAGGCUGCAGCCAAUCGCAGCUGGGGAUCUGGGCCUGGACCCUCCCAUUGCCCCCCUCAGCCCUCAGUGGGGAAUGAAGGGAAGAAUGAAAGCCCACCGGGGGGAGGAGGUAGCAGGGGCUGGGGGUCUUCUACAUCAUCCUCCACAACCAACUUUAACUUGAACCUAAACCCUAAUGCCAACCCGUCUGCCUGGCCCAUGUUGGGACAUGAUGGUGGUGGCACAGGGGGAGGCAGCUCAGGAGGAGCCAACACCAUUUCACCUCCUCAACCUACAACCAACCUCUGUAAUCCGCCUGGCCCCCCACCAGCCCAGACCAGCAGCUGUACCGGAGUCAACACUAACAGCAACACCAUGGGAAUUGGCAGCGCCUGGGGUAGCGUAAUAGCCUCUGACACUUCAGAGCCACACCCCUCUCCGUCCACGAAUGUGUCUUUCAGUUCAGAACCUCAGAACCUUAAAACUGAUGGACCAAAUCACACUAAUAAGCAGGAACCCCCCAGCCCCAUCCGCAACUUGCCUGGCUGGGGUAGUGCACCUGUAGGCUUUGGUUCCAUGGGCCAGACACCCCCAGGGGGCCAACAGGUCAAUGGAGAAGAUAAUAGCUCUGUAUGGGGUAACAGUGGCGACACAAAGGCACCUUCAUCUAAGGAGGCACCUGGAUGGGACUCUGGCUGGGGCCGUGGAGGAGGUGGAGCAGGAAACUCUGGAGGCUGGGGUGAACAGUCUGGUGGAAACUGGGGGAAGCAGCGCACUGAUGAUGCCCAGGGAGGCUGGGCUGCCCCUAGCUCUCCUCCCCAGGACCCACAGGCUAGUCCAUGGAACAGAGCAGUGAGCACAGCUGCUGCAAGUGAAGGGAGCAGUGACGGCAUGGAAGGACUUCCCCAGCACAGAGACUCCUUAUCCAGAGAUAAUCCAGCUCCUCCGGUGCCUGCCCAGGAUUUGGACCCCAGGGUUUUGUGUAACACUGGCUGGGGACAGACCCCUGUUCGCCAGCACACCUCCUGGGACAUGAAAAAUUCUAAACGCAAGAAUGAUGCAGCCGCUGAUUCAUGGGGCUCUGGACCAACCACUCCAAACGACGCUCAGGGGCCCUCCAACACUAACAUGGGCCCCUCUCAUAGGACUGAUCCUGGGAGCAAAAAUGAUGUGCCUGGUUCUCAGGGAGCUUCAGGUUGGGGUGGAGGCAUAGCUGCUAACAACCAACCUAGCUCUGGUUGGCGAGAGCCACCCAACAACAUUAAGCCCCCAGGUGGCCCUGGUGGCUGGGGCAAUCCACCGACAGGAACCCCCACAUCCAGUAUACCCAAGAAUGGGGGGCAAUCCUGGGCAGAAGAGAAGUCAAGUGGGAGGGAUGAUUCUCGCAACAAGGCAACAUCCCAGGGCUGGGGAGAGCAACCCAAAGCAUCCAACAGCUGGGGCAAUAGUGGAGGAAGCAAUAAUGCAGGGGACUGGAGAGAACCAGAGGAGAACAAAAAGAGUCCUACCAACCCAGGUUGGGAGGGAGAAGCAGGGGGCUGGAAGGAAAACCCACGAGGCUGGGCAGCAUCUUCUUCAGGACCUGGGAUACCUGCAGCUGGAGGAAAUGGGGGCUGGGGAGAGACACUUUGCCAGCGUCCCAGUGGCCCUCCCCAAAGUUGGGGGGCCAAGCCUCAGGAUGGACCCAGUGGUAGUAAUGGGGGAGGGAACACGGGCUCUUGGGCUGGAUCAGGCUCAGUGAAGCAGGGUGGAAGCUGGGCUGGCGGUAAGAAGGAGUCCUCAGCUGACCCCACAGGCUGGGAAGAGCCCUCCCCACCUUCAAUCCGACGCAAGAUGGAAAUAGAUGACGGGACCUCAGCUUGGGGCGACCCCGUUAUCUAUAGCAAGUCAGUCAACCUGUGGGACAGGAACAAUCCAGGAAAGUCCCAGCCUAAAGUUACCACUGGAGGCAAUAACCCCCCAGGCCCCAACAACAACAAUAACCAUUCUCACUCUCAUAAUCACCCCUAUCAAGGGCCACCUGCACCUUUACAGAACCACACCCAAAACUCCCAAAACUCAGGGCCCACUAGUGUGCCCAUGGAUACUGUUGUCCAAAACCAGUCUGGGCCAUCUCACAACAGGAGUCCCUUAAUAGCUCAAGGAUGGGGAGAGAUAUCCAGCUCUCACACAAAAUCAGAGAGCUCUUGGGGGGAAGCUGUACCCGCUCCGGUCAGCGUCGACAAUGGGACGUCUGCCUGGAGCAAAUCUAGCGGCGGCUGGGGAGACAGCAACCCGGACAGCUAUGGUCGGGGCAACCCGGCGAUGACAUCUGCAUCUUGCAAACCUGCUCCCAAACCUAUGCAAGACGGAUGGGGAGGUGAAGAGCUGAACUUGACGGGUGGUCAGUGGGAUGCUGAGGAAGGAGACAUGUGGAACAGCGUUGCCUCCCAGGAGAGCAACUCCUCCUGUAACUCUUGGGGCAAUGCAUCUAAAAAGGGCCCACAGAAACUCUCCCAAGGAAAGGUCCAAGGGAAGCAAGAAGAUGCCUGGAUCAUGAAUCGUCUCAUCAAACAGCUGACCGACAUGGGCUUCCCUAGAGAUCCAGCAGAGGAGGCUCUGAAGAGCAACAACAUGAGCCUGGACCAGGCCAUGAGCGCCCUGCUGGAGAAGAAGACGGAGCUGGACAAGCGGGGCAUGGGGAUAGCCGGCCACGACUACAAUAACGGGCUUAUCAACAAGCCCAUGAGCUGCCCUCGGCCUCCGCUUCUUUCCAAAGACCCCUCGGCAGACCCCCGCUUGCCCUUCAUGGAUAAGAUGCAGAGUGGAAUUUUUGGCGGUAGUGGAGCAGCACAAGCGCGGGCCAUGCAGCAGCAGCAGCAGCAGCAGCAGCAGCAGCAGCAGCAGCAGCAGCAGCAGCAGCAGCUGCCAGUGCCGCCUCUCAGUUCCUCUCAGCCUAGUCCACGUGCUCAAGUGCCUCAGUUUCUGUCCCCUCAGGUUCAAGCACAGCUCUUACAGUUUGCAGCAAAAAACAUUGGUCUGAAUCCUGCACUUUUAACCUCACCAAUAAACCCUCAACAUAUGACCCUUCUGAAUCAACUUUACCAGCUGCAACUGGCAUACCAGCGUUUACAAAUUCAGCAGCAGAUGUUACAGGCGCAGCGCAACGUUUCUGGCCCCAUUCGACAACAAGAGCAGCAAGUUGCACGUACAAUCAAUAACAUGCAGCAGCAGAUCCAACAGCACCAGCGUCAGCUGGCCCAGGCCCUGCUGAUGAAGCAGCAGCACAGCAGCCCCCCCCCCCCCCACUCGGGCCUGCAUUCGGGCGGGUCCAAAUCCAACCUGGAUUUAUUUACGGGUCACCCCCAAGCUCCAGGCCUGCAGACCAAAGAUCCACAGACAUCUCCCAACGCCUACAGCCCAUACUCUCUCUCUGGACUGAAUCCAAACAUGAAUGUAAACUGCAUGGAGGUGGGAAGUCUGUCUAUGAAGGAACCCCCUCAGCCUCAAUCGCGCUUGUCGCAGUGGACGCAUCCCAACUCCAUAGAAAGCCUCUCUGGAAGCUCCUCUCCUUUGGAGCCCAACCUGGGCAAGCAUGGCUCCAGCCUGGGCCUCCCUGGUAAGCCCCAUCAGCUGGAGGACUCUUACAGCCCCUACAACUUGAUGUCCAGCUCAGAGUCACCUACCAGCCCCCUGGUCCCCCAAGACAGCUGGGGGCAGGGCAAGAGCACCAGUGAUAAGAUGGCCAAUGGGACCAAUAUUAACUGGCCACCAGAGUUCUGCCCCGGUGUGCCCUGGAAGGGCCUCCAGAAUAUUGACCCUGAGACCGACCCUAACGUGACUCCCGGCAGUGUCCCCAGCGGGCCCACCAUUAACACCAACAUCCAUGAUGUCAACCGCUACCUGCUGCGGGACAGGAGCGGAGGCUCCACUCCCACUUCAUCUCAGAACGAGGCUCUGCCUCCGUCCAGUGAUUGGCCAGUCAGUGCCUACACUAGCUCGUUCAGUCUGUCGUCCCCGGAGACAGACGAUGCAGGUAAACUUUCAGAGAUGAAAUCUACUUGGUCUCCAGGCCCAAUUUCUCACAGCCAGGCUUCUUUGUCCCACGAGCUGUGGAAGGUCCCACAGGGCCCCCGGAGCAGCAACGUGGCCCCUUCCCGACCUCCACCUGGCCUCACCAACACCAAGCCGUCUUCAACCUGGGGGGGCAACUCCCUGGGUCUGGCCCAAGGCUGGAGCAGCUCUUACACCUCAGCAGGUACCACGUGGAGUACAGACAGCUCCACCAGAACCAGCAGCUCGCUGGUUCUGAGGAACCUCACUCCACAGAUUGACGGCUCGACUCUGCGUACACUGUGCAUGCAACACGGCCCCCUCAUCACAUUCCACCUCAACCUGACGCAGGGCAACGCUGUGGUGCGCUACAGCUCCAAGGAUGAAGCUGCCAAGGCUCAGAAGUCCCUGCACAUGUGCGUGCUCGGGAACACCACCAUCCUGGCAGAGUUUGCUGGGGAAGAUGAAGUGAACCGCUUCUUUGCACAGGGCCAGUCGCUUGGCGGAACCACCAGCUGGCAGGCCAAUCCAGGCACCAAUCAGACAAGGAUGGGUGGGACCGGAGCCUCCCAUCCCAUCGGCCACUCACCCCACUGGAACAACAACAACGGCAGCAGUAGUGCUGGGCUGGGAUCAGGCGGAUCAAAGAUGGGGGGAGAGUUGCUGUGGGGUGGUGUGCAGCAGUAUUCCAGCCUGUGGGGACCCCCGAGCGGAGAGGAGGGGCGGGUCAUGGGGAGUCCCACCCAAAUCAAUACCCUGCUGCCUGGGGACCUGCUGAGUGGCGAGUCCAUGUAGGACGGAAGAGCCCAGUCGUAACAAACACCAACGGGAGUAAAAAUCUUGCAAAUCAUUGUGGAGAUAAUCAGUGUGGCUGUAACGGUGAAAAGGAGAGGAGGGCGGGGCUACAUCCUCGCUACUCACCCUCGCCAACCUCCUCUACUCCUUUUUGUUUUUAAUGACAUUUCAGUUGCAGUUCUUUUGUGAAUCUCAGUGAGAGAUUUUGGUCACAGUGUUCAGCUUAUACUUUUGGAGACACAGGAAGGAGUUUUUCAUUCAACAAAGAAAGAUAACUUUUUACAGAAAUGAACUUGUGGGAACUCGCCGUUUGAAACAUGUACUUUAGUUCAAACUGACACGAGAUGACGAGCUGCCAUCUUUUUUAAACCUGCAUAAUCGCUCUCGGCCUUUUUUAGGCAAUCAUACUGCACCUCAGAGAUCCAUGAAAAGGCAUCAUUCCCAAAGUAAAACCCUUCAAUCAGAGUGGUUGUCGAACUUUCAGCUGGUCCAGACUCAACAUUUGUUUCUCUCAGCACUAAUAUUAGCCUUAACCUCUUUCCUGCCCUGUUAUCCUCACUCACUCUGUACUUGGUGAAGAAGCAUACGGACACUUGCACACCCUUAUUUCUGAGCCAGUGAAACCUGAGUGGAGAGUACAUGCUGCUGCGGCCCAACGUAAGCAACCACAGCUCACAACUUCAGUGCAUUUUUCCAAGCAGAUUGAGUUCCCCAACACAAUGCUCAAAGGGAAUGAUGCAACUGUGUUCGCCGUGUUCAAGCCAUUUAUUUUUGUAUUUUGUAUUUUUUUUUUCUUCUUAAAUCAUUGCAAGCUAAGAAAUUAUAUUAUUCAAAUGUGUCUGUCAAUCCAACCUGGUGUGGGGGAGAGAUUUUGGGUUGAGCAAAAUGAACCACUGCUAUUACUAAGGAACUGUAAAGACAAACACUUCAAUGCACCUCAACUCAUCUGCGGGCAACUCGCAGUUUGGUCUCAGUUUCGGACCCUCUCACUGAUGUUGUGGACAACCUCAAGUCGUAAAUGUUCCCCAUUGGUGUGUGUUUCCCACCAUUUCAAGUGACGUGCAAUAUAAGCCACAGACUCUACCGUCCAAGCACCCCCCCCAAGACCUCUCACAGAAAGAGAGGAGACUGUAAAGAAUGAUUGAACUGUAAAAACGCUAUCUGCCCUUCGUCCCCCCUAAAACUGCCACUACUCCCCUUCAGCUCCCCCCAAGAGUGUGUGAGCUCAGGAGAGCAGCAAGCUGAUCUUCAACCACCUUCUGUCCAAGAUACCAGGAGGUACACACAAAGCACUUCUUCAGCCAGCCUACUCUCCACACUUAUGCCAGUUACUGGUUUUAGGGGAGAUGGAGGUGUGUGUGUGAGUGUGAGAGAGUGAGAGAGUGAGUGUUCCCGUGUGUGUGAGAGAGAGUGAGUGUUCGUGUGUGUGUGUGUGUGUGUG